GAGAGAGAGAGAAAGAAAGAAAGAAAGAUGAGAGAGAAGCUGAAGAAGGGUUUUAAUUAGGGUUUUCACCCAUUUCUAAUGCCUGGAGGGAGGGAAGAAGAAGAAGAUGUUUUACAUACUCUAAACUAAACAGGUAAACGAUCUCAAUCCAUAUGUGUCCUUUCCUUCUGACUUCUCUGAUCGCUGCUUCAAACUCUUUAAAUCCAUUCUUAUCUCGUCCACACGUUUAUGCUUUCAUUUUUUCCAUUAGUAGAUUCCAAGAUUGGAUCUUUCCAUUAGUAGACCUGUUUUGUUCUAUCUUGGACAUGCAUUGACCGUGUGGGCAAUCCUCAAUUGAUAUUUUCAUUUCAAUUUUGAAUCCCUUCGUUGAUGAUUAAUCUGUCAUGUCGAAAAUACUGAAAAUCGGGAAUUCCAGUGAGGAUGGUGAUAAUAAUCGGAGGCUAAUGCCUCAUUUCUCGUCAAAUGGGUCGAGGAAUACGAGUCCUUCAAGGCAUAAAGUGGUGAAAACCAAGCCACGAGGUUUAGUUGAUGAAACUAUAGUUACAUUUACUAAGACCAUCACCAUUCUUCAUCCUCCCGAUAUUCAAAUGGAAGAUAAUAUCUGGGCAAUGCUUCCAGAAGAUUUAUUGAACGAAAUCUUAGCUAGGAUCCCCCCUUUCAUGAUUUUUCGUCUACGUUCCGUAUGCAAAAGAUGGAAUUCAAUCUUACAAGACAGUAGCUUUCUUAAGUCCUAUUCUCAAGUCCCAUCCCAUGGUCCCUGUCUUCUGUCAUUUUGGAACAAUGGACAAAACCCACAAUGCUCAGUCUUCAGCUUACCUCUGAAACAAUGGUAUAUGAUUCCAUUCACGUUUCUUCCUCAAUGGGCAUUCUGGUUAGUUGGUUCUUCAGGGGGUCUCGUUUGCUUCUCAGGGUUAGUCGGUUUAACUUUCAGAGCUCUAGUAUGCAACCCUUUAACACAAUCUUGGAGAAUAUUACCAACUAUGCAUUUUAACCAGCAAAGGAAGUUGAUUUUGGUUGUUGAUAGGAUCAACAUGUCGUUUAAGGUUAUAGCUACAAGUGAUAUUUAUGGCGACAAAUCGUUACCAAUGGAAGUAUACGACUCUAAGAUCAAUCGUUGGACGCUUCAUCAAACAAUGCCAGCCGCAAAUCUUUGUUCGUCAAAGAUGGCCUUUUGUGAUUCGAGGCUAUAUAUGGAAACUCUUUCACCAAUGGGUUUAAUAGUGUAUAAACUGAAUUCUGGAUAUUGGGAGCAUGUUCCUGCUAAAUAUCCGAGGUCAUUAUUGGAUGGGUACCUGAUUGCAGGGACAAGGAAACGCCUUUUUCUUGUCGGAAGAAUCGGGCUUUAUUGCAAUUUUCAUAGCAUGCGGAUAUGGGAAUUGGAUCAUAAAAAAGUUGCUUGGGUUGAAAUAAGCAGAAUGCCACUUAGGUAUUCCCGAACCAUUUUGAGGUACUCUGUUGAGAGAUUCGAAUGUUUUGGACAAAACGGAUUGAUUUGCUUCACGUCGUGGAAUCAAGGGAAAGGGUUGAUUUAUGAUGUUGAUAGAAAGGUUUGGUCUUGGAUCAAGGGUUGUGCCUUUCAGGCAUUUAAUAGUCAAGAUUGUUUCUAUGAGCCGAGAUUUGAUGCCUCUAUAAUUUAGGAGUUUUUGGAAGAUUGUAUUGGAUAAGGAUUUGGGUAUUUGAGAAUGAUGGAAUGUUUUCUUGACUCAUAAGCCUGAUCAUCUUCAAGCUAUUUAUGUUAUUUUGUUUUGAU